AAAAGCUUCCGGUUUCAAUGGCGUCGGACGUGAAAUCAACAGCUCCGCUUAGCGGGGAGGAUUUAGCCAAUAUUGAGCAAACGCUUCAGCUGCUGACUGAAGGCCCGAGAGCGGACGUGAUAGAAGAGUUAGAUCGAGAGCUUGAGGAAGAUGAGUGCGAUGUUCUCAGGGAUUAUCUGUUCCAAAAGGGGAAGGUAAAAGUAUCUGAGUUAUGUGAUAAUCUCUAUGGCGUACUUGCUGAUCGAGAGGAAGAUCAGGUUCCUAUAAACUUACAACCAAAGCUGCGAAAAGGAAAAAAUAGAAAGGUCACGCUUUUGAAUGAUAUUUCGGAUCUAUAUCUGUUCAUAACGGAUAACAAAAGCUUCCCCAGAUCUAUACUCAGUACAAACAGUUUCCUACCCGAUGUCAUCGGCAAUAAGGAAUUGCGUCAAAAUGCGUAUCGCAACGAGCGUAAUGCAACAGUGGAUAUAAACAUAACAAUGCUAACCCAGCGAGUUGUGGAACUUGAAGCAGAUAGAGAUAGCCAUAAAAAGGAGAUAAAGGACUUGAAAGAUGAGGUAGGAACGCUAUUUUCGAAACUUUCUAAACUUCAGGUCGAUGUGACCAAUUUCGUCAAAACAUGUACUUGUACAUGUAAACAAUCCGAGGUGCCAGUAACUGGUACUCUGCCAAAACCCCUGAUCCAAGCCAAUUCCAAGCCACAAACAAUCCCAAUUAGUAAGGCGACUACUCUUGAGGAAAUAGUGAGUGAACAACAACAAAUGCUCGAGUUUGCCAAACAACGCGUUAAUGAAGUCAAUAAUGCCAAAGUCUCCAAGUCCAGGACUGUUAAUCCCGAAACAAGCGACUCGUUUUUGUCGCUUAAUGAAACUGUUAUCAAUACAUGUGUAACGGGUGCCAGCACGCCUAAUAAACCCGCAUCAUCUGUUAAAGCAAAAGACCAUGGUUAUUCUAAGAUUGAUCAUCCGACCCCAGCAAUAGCGCCCGAUCCACAUAAUACAUAUAUUAUUACCGAUUCAACGCCCAUCGAAGUCCCAGGAACCAACAAGAUCUCUUCCCAGUCCAAGACAAUCAAAGAAACCCCUUCAACGUUCAGUGAAGUGUUAACUUCGCCAUCUAAUGUAUCGGACAAUGCCAGUCAAUUACCAGGGAAAGAAUGGAUGGUAUGGGCAAGCAAUCAAACGUAUAAAAAACAGAAAAUUGCCGCAAAAUCUGCUCACGUCUCACCACCUACUCAACCAGCCCCACAAUCACAAAACGCAAGAGCUCUACGAGGUGCACCUGUAGACAAUAAUGUCUACUCCAAGAGAACUAUAAAAGGAAAACAGUUUGAACGCUAUAAAUAUCUCUAUUUGGAAAAUGUUUUUCAAGAUGAACACGACACUGAUGAUGACAUCUGUGAUGAUGUCAUAAAAUUUGGCUAUGAACACGGUGUUAAGAUAAUGUACUGUCAUGUGGUCCACAAUAGAAUGUCUUAUACCCAUGUGGGAUGUAAAAUUGCUGUAGUGGAGUCCAACUUUCAACAGACUAUGAUUAUUGAUUGGCCAGAUCCUAUUGUUUGUAGGGAAUGGCAAAACUGGAAUGAAUAUCGAAGGAUUAGAGGUGGAACUUUUAAUGCCUAUGAUCAAUAAGUCAAUAAACGCUAAAUAUCAAAAAAUCACAAUGAAACACCUGAUCAUUCUAUACUGUAUAUUAAUAAUGGUAAUUUUUACCCAAUGGAAUGC